AUGGAAAACCUAGCCAUUUCUGACGCCCCUCCUCCUGGGGCUCCGGCCUCGCAACCCUUUGCCCAGCUGCCGCCGCAGAUGUUUACGACUGCUGCACAGCUUUUGGACCUUACCGAUAAAAAACUCAUGGUGGUUCUGCGUGACGGAAGAAAGCUGAUUGGAGUAUUACGAAGCUGGGACCAGUUCGCCAACAUUGUUCUCCAAUCGACGACGGAGAGAAUAUUCGCUCCCAGACCCGAUAACCCUGGAUCAGAGUAUCCCUACGGCUACUUUGCUGAUAUCACGCACGGCAUCUUCCUCGUGCGAGGCGAAAACGUCUUGCUCCUGGGGGAGAUUGACCUGGACAAGGACGACGAUGCGCCGCCGGGAUAUGAGCUCGCAGAGGUGGAGGUGGUGAAGAAGCUCGCCGAGGCGAAGAAGGCGGCGGAUAAGGCCAAGGAAAAGGCGCGCUUGAAAAAGCUCGUCAGGAUUGGUUUCGAGGGUGAGAACCUGGGAGACAUUUUCUUUUAG